AUGAUUGCCGCCGCCGAGCUCGGCCACGACGUGCCGUACACGGACGUCGACGAGGAGGGCUCGUUCGUCGAGGACGACUCGCCGUAUCCCGAGGUCCGAGCGAGCGUGUCCAACUACGACGACCCGGACAUGCCCGUCCUCACAUUCCGCAGCUGGGUCAUCGGCCUCACGUUCUGCAUCGUCAUCUCGGCCGUCAACUGCUUCUUCAACUUGCGGUACCCGGCGCCCCUCGUCACGCCCAUCAUCACGCAGGUCCUCUCGUACCCGAUCGGCAAGGCGUUCGCGCGCUUCCUGCCCUUCCAGACGGUCUCGACGCCAAGGUGGCUCCGCCGUCUCGGUUUACCCGACCGUAUCGGCGUCAACCCGGGCCCGUUCAACAUCAAGGAGCACACGAUCCUCGUCAUCAUGGCCAACCUGUCGACGGCGGCCGCGCCCGGGCUCAACUACAGCCUCGCCGCCGAGAAGGGCUACGGCCAGUACCAGCCUGUCGGGUUCGACAUCAUGCUCAUCUUGACGACGCAAAUGAUCGGCUUUGGCGCGGGCGGGCUCUGCCGCCGCUUCGUCGUCUGGCCGGCGUCCCUCGUCUGGCCUCAAAACCUCGUCUUCUGCACGUUGCUCAACACGCUCCACGCCGAGUCAGAAGACGAGGAGCGGGGCCCGUCGCGCAUCCGCUUCUUCCUCUAUAUCCUCGCGGGCGCGUUCGUCUGGUACUGGUUCCCGGGCUUCAUCUUUGUCGCACUAUCGGCGUUCUCGUGGGUGUGCUGGAUCGCGCCGAACAACCUCGUCGUCAACCAGCUCUUCGGCGUUUCUUCUGGCCUCGGCAUGGGCCUCAUCACCUUUGACUGGAGCCAGAUCUCGUACAUCAUCUCGCCGCUCGUCGUGCCGUGGUGGGCCGAGGUCAACGUCUUUGUCGGAUUCGUCGCCAUCUUCUGGAUCGCUACGCCGGCGAUGUACUACUCGAACGUGUGGAACUCGGCCUACCUCCCGAUCUCGACUACGGGCGUCUUCGACCGAUUCGGCGCCUCGUACGACAUCGACCGCGUCGUCGACACUGCGGCGAUGCGCCUGAACGAGACGGCGUACCACGAGUACUCGCAGCUCUUCCUCCCUAUCGCGUACGCCGGCGCGUACGCCGUCGGCUUCGCGCUCGCGACCGCCGUCAUCGUCCACACGGCGCUGUAUCAUGGGCCCGACAUCCUGGAGCGCAUCAAGCGCUCUCGGACCGACAAGGUCGACGUCCACAUGCGCCUCAUGCUCGUCUACCCCGAGGUCCCCGACUGGUGGUACUUGGCCUUCCUCGUCGUCUCGGUCGCCCUCACGAUCGUCACCGUCGCGUGCUGGCCGACCGAGAUGCCCGUGUGGUCUGUCCUCGUGGCGAUCGCCAUGGGCCUCGUCUACUUGCUCCCGUCCUGCUACGUCUUCGCCAUGACGAGCUACCAGGUCGCGAUCAACCUCAUCGUCGAGCUCGUCGGCGGCUAUAUCAUUCCCGGCCUUCCCCUCGGCAACAUGCUCUUCAAGCUGUACGGCACCAACGUCCUCAACCUCGGCCAGCUGUUCGUGCAAGAUCUCAAGCUCGGCCACUACAUGAAGAUCCCGCCUCGAGCUACCUUCACGGUCCAAAUCGUGUCGACUUUCGUCACCGCGUUCGUCCAGGUCGGCGUCAAGCGCUGGCUCAUGUCGGCCGUGCCCGAUCUUUGCGCUCCCGACCAGUCGGCGCGCUUGAUCUGCCCAUACACGCAAACCUACUUCUCCAACUCGAUCAUCUGGGGUCUCGUCGGUCCCGCUCGACAGUUCAACCACGGCGACUACUACAACGGCAUACUCUACGCCAUGCUCAUCGGCGCGAUCUUGCCCCUCCUCACGUGGCUCGCGAGCCGUAGAUGGCGCCAGUCGUGGGUCGGCCACAUCAACGCUCCUGUUGCCCUCGCCGGCCUCACCUUGAUCCCGCCGGCGACCGGCAUCAACUACUCGUCCUGGUUCUUCGUCGGCUUCAUCUUCCAGUUCAUCGUCCGUCGGCGGCAUUUCCGGUGGUGGAGCAAGUACAACUUUAUCCUGUCGGCCGGUCUCGACGCAGGCACAAUCCUCUCGGCCCUCGUCAUCUUCUUCACGCUCCAGCUGCCGAAAAAUGGGACAAUCUCGCUCAAUUGGUGGGGUAACAAUGUCUUUACCGAGACCGCCGACUGGGCGGGGCUCCCGCUCAAGACUGCGCCGCCCGAGGGAUUCGGCCCGACGACGUGGUAGAGCAGCGACUUUCUCCUCCUCCUUGUCCUACUAGCAGGUCUGUAGAUCCUCAUAUGUUGCCCCAGCUCUCGUUCUGCAUUGUUGCACUCGCGUUCCCGCACGCG